GUCGCCUUUUGAGAAGUAAUUUGCAUUUUCAUGAUUUUGUGGCAUUAGGCAGUAUGGUGGCACGCUCAAGGAGGCACAAUUCUCCCACCAUACAUUGCAUAUUACGCAGUUCUCUUUGCAAAGGGAACUGGCACAACAUCCUUUUGAGAGUUCCAUUGUGUUGCGCUACACCACGGGCAGCAUGCAGAGUCAGUCAACCAGCGCAGGUCGCUAAAUAUAUCAGGGAGCAAUCGUUUCUGCAUUGCGGAAGAUGAGGAGAUUGACACUCUGCGGCUGUUGCUGAAAGGGAAGGAGGUUUAAGAUGGCAAAAACUUGGACAAUCUUCACGGGGAUCUUGGCGAGUAUAGUCCUGCUGACUGCGGCCGUGAGUUUCUCUCAGAGUAACACGGACAGCUCAGGCUUGCCCAGCCUCCUCAGGACAACUUCUUGCUUACCCAAGAACUGCAGUCAAGAGUGUCAACCAGCUUAUGGUGAGGUCACACUUCUGAAGCAGAGGCUUGCAGAGACGUUGGGGGAUCGUGAUGCCGAGCGAAGGAAGGGUGAGGAGACAGUAGCGAAACUGCAGGAAGAAAUAGCGACAGAACGCCGGAACAGUACGGAGCUUUUGGACACCCUGAAGCAGCUGAUUGAGGGUUUGAAGCUGGAGCUGAUAGAGGGGCAAAAGAAUAGGUCUGAGGCGGUGGCUACUCUGCAAGCGGAGGUUGAGGUGGAGAAGCAAAGAAGCGGUCAGCUUGUGAAAGACCUGGAGGAAGAAUCUGCUGCAGAUAGUCAGAAUCGCACGGCCAUUGCGCUCAUUCCUCCAAUCCCAAGCGCUGAAGACGUGCAGCGAGACGUGGAAACAGUCAAGCGGCUGAAGCUUUUAGACGCGGUCCAAUCGGGGAAAGAGUGGAACACCCGACGGCGAGGCAUCUUUCCGAAGAAGAGCACGGCGCAGUGGGUAGAGUACUGUGAGACGUUGGCCCAUGAGAAUCAAGCCUCCUUGGAAGCUGGGCAAAUUGCUGUUCCCCCCGAGCUCCUAGCAGAAGCGCACCACAACUAUUACGGAGCACCCUGGGCAUUGGGACGAGACAUCUUCGAGUUCCUUGUCAAUAAGACAAACCUCCAGCCGAGCCAUAGGGUAUUGGACGUCGGCUGCGGCAGUAUGCGGGUUGGCAUCCACUUCAUUGCAUACCUAGAGCCAGGGCACUACGCCUGCAUAGAAGCGGAUGCGCUGUCUCUCGCAGCGGGCCUUUUGUACGAACUCCCUGUGAACGGGCUUCUACAGAAGCGGCCGCAAGUCAUCAGUUCGAACACUUUCGACACCUCUGGCUUGACUCCCAAGUCCUUCGACCUUGUGUUUGCAAGCGCUGUGUUGAUACAUGUUGACACCCGAGAAAAAGUCUGGGACGCCCUUGGGAAGUUCGAGCGGCUUCUUGUGCCGAAGACUGGACGAUUAUUUACCAGCCAUAACAUGAAAUGGUGCGAGGCCCCUACAGCGGAAUCGGAUUGUCCGACGCCAGAGGUAUUGGAAGCCAUGGCCAUGGUGGCUCCGUCCUUGGUGUAA